UCAUUGCGUGCGUAUUCCUCCAUUGUGCUGUUGUAUCGGAACGGCGUUAGAAGGUCAUUUCGUUGUUUAAAAGACUGCCCAAAAGUGUACCGCAAAAUGCAAUCCCUUCGCAAAACUACUGUAUGGAUGAUUCCCAGUGGAAUGAGAAUCGCUCGCAUGAGCGCCGGUGAGAUGGGUAGCGGCGCCGGUAAGGGUGGCGGUGGUGGCGGAUCGAUCCGUGAUGCCGGAGGUUCUUUCGGUAAAAUGGAGGUCGCUCAUGAGGAAGAAUAUUUCUACAAACAGCGCCAGGAACAACUCGCGAAGCUUAAAAAGCAAGCCAUUAAUCAGGAAGAUUUCCAUUCGGAAUCAAUCAAACAUCAUGAGGAAGCCAUCGCCCGCCAUAAGAAUGCUAUUGAGCAGCUGAAGAAAAAGUAAAACGCGCGUGCCUUUAGCGAUCGUUCGAUCGAGAGCAUCUGUUACAUGUGCAUCACGAAUCCAGGCGCGGGUACUUAAUGGUGUUAUGUGCAUUUGCGUGAUUGAUGAGGGUUUGUAAUGUUAAAGUAUUAUCCCCGUGUCCGUUGUUUCUGAUGGUGGUGGGUUGAAGUGUUUUCGGGCAUGUUAGAAUAAAUUAGAGAUUUCAAUUCAUA